AUGGCUCAUAGGGCAUUUGUUCAAAUAGUUAUUACAGGUGCAAGAGUAUUUGGUAAAGCUUUUGGCCAGGCUUAUAGACAAGCUGCUGCUCAAUCAGCUAAAAAGUCAGCUUCAAAUAUAACAAAGAAUGGUAAAAAACUAUCAGAAUACGGUGGUAUUACUUUAGAUGAAAGUUGCAAGAUUUUAAAUAUUGAAAAUAAUAUGAAAAAUUUGACCAUCGAUAAAAUUAAUCAGAGAUUUGAUUAUUUAUUUAAUAUCAAUGAUAAGGCAAAAGGUGGUAGUUUCUAUUUACAAAGUAAGAUUUAUAGAGCUGCAGAAAGGAUGAAAUGGGAACUGGCAGAACUUGAGAAGCAGAAUCGCGAACAGAAUAAGAAAGAGAAUGGAAACAAAGAAACAAGUUCAGAAAAUAAACCUAAAGAAGAUAAAGAACCGUGA